ACAAGCCCACUCAACUGCGACGACCCUGGAAUAUUUCCUGCCAACUACACCGUGCACCCAUACAGCUUUUAGUCGAGUCCGAUUUCGAGUUUCUCCAUCAUGGGCAACACUACCAGUACGGUGUUGGACAACAUCGUCCAGGGGUCCAACUUCGACAGAGAGGAAGUUGACCGUCUGAGGAAACGUUUCAUGAAGCUGGACAAGGAUAACUCCGGCACAAUCGAGCGUGAUGAGUUCCUCAGCCUGCCCCAGAUCUCCUCCAACCCGCUAGCCACGAGAAUGAUUGCGAUCUUUGACGAGGAUGGUGGUGGAGACGUCGACUUCCAGGAAUUCGUAUCAGGCCUCAGCGCCUUUUCCAGCAAAGGCAACAAGGAGCAAAAGCUGCGCUUCGCCUUCAAGGUGUACGAUAUCGAUCGCGACGGUUACAUCAGCAAUGGCGAGCUCUUUAUUGUGCUCAAGAUGAUGGUUGGAAGCAACCUUAAGGACCAGCAGCUGCAGCAGAUCGUCGACAAGACCAUCAUGGAGGCCGACUUAGAUAAGGACGGCAAGAUCAGCUUCGAGGAGUUCACCAAGAUGGUGGAGAACACGGAUGUCAGCAUGAGCAUGACUUUGGACACAUUUUAGAGUUGAACACGGCGGUGGGCGAGCACAUCAGGAUCAUGAGACAUGAAUUGCAACAAUCACUAUUCGAGGUAGAGAUAAAUUACCCCCCCGAGCGACAUCACGGUCGUCAAAUGGGCCUGGAUUGAAAUUUCCGGGUUUGAAA